AUAUCAUAUCAUUCCGAUAUUUUAUCCUUCAUAUUGACAAAUGUCAAACCCCAUCCUCUACACAUUUGGUCCUUCCGUCUGGGCUUCCGUGCCAGAGCUUGCCUUGAUUGAGCUGGGAUACGACCAAGAGGAUAUCGAGAAGAAGGUCAUGAACCUCGCGGAGGGUGAGAAUUUUGCUCCUGCCUUCCUGAAGAUCGGACAUUACCAACACUUGGCAUACACCAGUACUGCUGAUGUGACAUCGUACCUUGUGGCCCACGCUAGUAACCGUGUCGCUGUCGCCCCGGGGACUGACUUCAUCCACAAAAUUCAUGAAGAGCAGUACGACCCGAAUUUCCUCAUGGUGUCAGCUCGUCACGAGGACGAACUGCGAAGCAAAGCGUCUGGAUUUUCUAUGACGUUCAUCCAAAACCGUCAAAGCGCACUAGAAAAGCACUCAGCAACCUCCCAGAGCGCUGACUACCGGGAGUUUUACCACACGAAGAUCGCUGAGAAUGGCAAGGUUCUGUCGAUCUACCAAUCCAAGGCACCAGAGAACGUCAAGAACAGUUUCUUCGAGUUUUCUAGGGCUCACUGGGACACAUUGAAGGCCUUCAUUCUGGAAGAACUCCCUGACAUGCUUCCGGAGGGCGGUUUCCUUGGAGGCGACAAACCCGGUGAAGAUGACUUCCAUCUUGCGGCCUGGCUGGCGCGCAUUGUCUUCGUUGCUGGUGGAGCAGACUCGAGCAAGGAUGGUAUACGUGCUAUCGAGAAAGAGCUGGGUAAGCCAACUCCGGAAAAAGUUGUGUCAUACUGGACAGCAUGGAGUAAGCGGAAGAGUUGGCAAGAGGUGUAUGCUAAUGGACUGCAUUGAAAGCGUAUUUUAGAUCACGGAUCAACCAGAUACUAGUGACGAGAAAUCAUAUACAUUAUUUUACAUAUAUUACUUGUAC